GCCGUUUAACUCUUCCGCUCCCAUAUGGCCCCCGUAGUCCCUAAUCACGUCCAGAAAUCCAAUCUCCCAAGCCGCCAAGUCCAAAAAUACAUGGCCCAAAUUCUGAAAUCCCAACUCCAGUGCAACGAAUCGUAAGGCGCAGAGCGGCAUAUGAGCAUAUCGCUGCAAAAUUCCCAACUCUCACUCACGCAAGUCACGCCGGUGACUGAUUUCUGGUCUGCCCUCGGACGGUCGUCUCACGGCGGCGGAGCAAAAGCACCUUUUAGCCUCUAGCCGAGCAGCGGCUUAUCACUCUCGAGCCUCGACUGCUCUGCCGCUCUGUGGCCAUUUCUGCUCUUCGCCGCUAGAUCUGCUCCUGGUCUUCUCUCAUCAUCACCAUCACUCACUGUAGGUGACUUACAUAGUUACAUGAUCCCAUUGAAGAACAGAUAUGACAAAAGUAUCAAUGACUACUGAAGAUGCAUCAAAGAAAACUUCAACAGUUCAAUUGGUGAAACUUGAAAGAGGAUUCAAAUUGGCUGAACAAUGGGUUAAUAAUAUGUCCAAAUCAUUGGAGGAUGAUCAAUCAAAUGGAGCUAUUCUAGAAAGCCGACCUCCUAGGCUUGGAAUUGGGGCUACAGUUCCCCGUGAGUCCAAAUAUGUUCGUGCAAACGAUCCCAUUGAAAGAAAAUUGCGUGCUACGUUGAAUGCUAAAGAAAGAAAAUUUGACGCAAAGGCCAAUGAUGCAAGGGUUGAAGAAGAUGAAGAGGAUGAAGAAGAGGAACUUGAAAGCAAAACUAAGGCGUUUACCAAAAAGAGGCCAUCACUUCUUCCCUCAUCUCUUAAUCGUAUGAAGAAACGCAAGUAGAGAAGAAAGGGUGGGUACGACAUCUGUAUCAUAGGAUUCAUAGCCCAUGAAAUGUGUUUGAUCCUGCAACAGUAUUGUUUUUGUUCAGUCCAUCAAGCAUCUGAGGUUAUUUACGUGUAUAAUUGUAUUAACCUUUAAAACUCACUGGCGUGCUCUAACCAAUGAAGAAUCCCAUCUUUGAGGGCUGCAGUGCCCAACUUUUAACACUAAAGUUUUAAACAUAGGC